AUGUGCCCCCCUGGACUGUGUGCCCCCCUGCAGCGUGUGCUCUCUGGAGCAUGUGCCCCUCUGGAGCGUGUGCCCCCCUGCAACGUGUGCCCCUCUGGAGCGUGUGCCCCCCUGCAGCAUGUGCCCCUCUGGAGCAUGUGCCCCUCUGGAGCGUGUGCCUCCCUGGAGCGUGUGCCCCCCUGCAGCGUGUGCCCUCUGGAGCGUGUGUCCCUCUGGAGUGUGUGCCCCCCUGCAGCGUGUGCCCUCUGGAGCGUGUGCCCUCUGGAGCGUGUGCCCCCCUGCAGCAUGUGCCCCCCUGCAGCGUGUGCCCUCUGGAGCGUGUGCCCCUCUGGAGUGUGUGCCCCACUGGAGUGUGUGCCCCCCUGCAGCAUGUGCCCUCUGGAGCAUGUGCCCUCUGGAGCGUGUGCCCCUCUGGAGUGUGUGCCCCCCUGCAGCGUGUGCCCUCUGGAGCGUGUGCCCUCUGGAGCGUGUGUCCCUCUGGAGUGUGUGCCCCCCUGCAGCGUGUGCCCUCUGGAGCAUGUGCCCUCUGGAGCUUGUGCCCCUCUGGAGUGUGUGCCCCCCUGCAGCGUGUGCCCUCUGGAGCGUGUGCCCCUCUGGAGUGUGUGCCCCCCUGCAGCGUGUGCCCUCUGGAGCAUGUGCCCUCUGGAGCGUGUGCCCUCUGGGGCAUGUGUACCCCUGGAGCAUGUGCCCCUCUGGAGAGUGUGCCCCUCUGCAGCGUGUGCCCUCUGGAGUAUGGCUUGGCUCUGCUUCCACCUAAGUCUCCCAUGGCGCCUCCUCCCCAAGCCCUCCUGA